ACACUCAUUCGUUAAAAAAUGAAUGAAACAUAUGCAAAGGAUCAAAAUAUGAGAUUAUUACAAAAUGAAAAUAGAGAGUUAAAGGUACAAAUUGAUAGUUUAGAGCAAAGUAUAAUAGAUUUUAAUAGGAUAAUUCAGGAAUUUCAGGAAAAAAUUGCAUUACAAGACAAGGAUAUAAAACAUCAUCAAUAUGAAUAUGAAGCACUUAAGUUUCAUAAUAAACAAUUAUGUAAAAGAGUAGAGUUAUUGCAAAAUGAUCUAAAUGGCCACACACCCUUUAAAAAUCAUAGAUCACACAGUAUGAAUCAUGAAACUAAAAAAGAGAAUGAUAAAUUUUCGAGUUUUAUCAAUAUUUCCAAAAAACAAUUAGAAAAUGAAGAUUUUUUAAAUUUACUUAAUAGAGAAUUACAAGAAAAAAUUCAAAUUAACCAAAAACUGAACAGUGAUAUACAAGUUAUAGAAGAAAUUUAUAUUGAUAAAAUUUGUAAAUUAGAUGAUGAAUUAACUAAGCUCAAAAGGGAAAAUAUUGAUUCAAAAACAACAGCAGGAAAAUCUGUAGCAAAUAAUAUGACCAAUCAUUUUCUAAAUCACAAAUCAAUUAUUGAUAACAAAUAUGUACUUACCUAUUUUUUCAAGCUGAUGCAAUCUAUAUCAUUAAAUUUAAUCUACAAUUUUAUUCAAAAUUAUAAACUUUUGCAAAUAUCAAAUGAUAUAAAUAACAAAUACUCUCCUACCAUCAUAGAUUUUACCUCAAAUUUAUUAUUGCCAAAAGAACUUGAAUUAAGUGUUAAAUCUCUGGAAAAGUUGACUCAGAUAAUUUUAUUCCCUGGUAAAAUUAAUGAGCUCCUCAUUGAAACAUUAUCACAGCAUAGUUUAAAUCCAAUUGAUAAACCUCAGCACAUUCAAAAUAAUUCCCAAAAUCUUCAAAAUCUCUCUUCUUCCUUUUCGGUUAUUUCUUCCCUUGUCAGUGAAGCAGAUACAAACAAAUUCGAUGAAAACAAUAAUCUUAAAUCUCUAAUAAACAACACUGUCAUUAGCCCCACCACCAAUAAUGAUAUACUGAUUAUGAAUAUAGCCCUAUUCUUUGUCAAGUUAUCAGAAGAUAUGUUGCUGUCAUCUAAGUUUGAUAAUAAACUAAUCAAAAAUGUUUCAAAUGGUCCUGAAAGAUGUUUCGACAUUUUGUUGAAUGCGCUCAACAUCUUUAUUCAGAAAUUUUUUGGGGAAUCGCCUAUAAACGACAAUUUUAUCACAAAUCCCAUCGAAACCUAUGCCAGUCAAAUUAAGUUCCUAGAAUUAAACCGGGACAUAGCUAAGUGGCUUUCUAAAGAAGACGUCAACUGCGAUCGGACCAAAGAGGAAUCUAAAUUUAACGCUAAACGUGCCACAUACGUUGCGUAUUUCCUAAUUUUCGCCCGAAAACUGCAUGAUUCCAUAGAUUAUUUAGCCACAAAAUCAAAAAGUUUGACUGGGCCAGAACCAAACGCGGAUUACUGGUUAUCACUGGGAACGGCUCUGACCAAGGAAUUUGAUUCGGUGAAGGAAGACAUUUUUAAUACUAUUUUCCGAGAGUUAUAUCGAAAGGAAGAAACGACACUCGCACAUUUCAAGGGUAAAAUAUUGGCGAGGGACAAAAGACUUAUGCAAUUUUAUGAUCAAGAAAGAAAAAUUAUCGAAGAAGAUUUGGCUUACCAUAAAAGCCGAUUCGUUUACGUGAUGGAUGAGAUGUCGGCCAUGGAUCACAGAAUGAUUUGUGUGUUGAAUCAAAAAGAUAUCGCGGAUAUAGAGCUUGCCAAAUCCCUUCAAGAAAUCGCCAAAUUAAACGAGGAUAUCAACACCAUAAAAAAGAAUUAUGAAGAUCAAUUAUCUGCCAUGUCGGACCACGUGUGCGCUUUGAACGACAAACUAGAAGCAUUUACUUCUUAAGAUUUCCUAUAAUUAUUUAUACAUUUUUAUUAUAGUAGUAUAAUCUCAAUUAUGAUCAUGAUCACUAUUACAUUAUACGAUAAGAAAUUAUUAUAUAUUUUUUAUUGCGUUUAUAUUUGCUCAUUGUUAUUUAUA